GCGAUCAACACUUAGCCCGCCUAUGAUAAAAUAAUCAUGUCCGGAGUUGUCUUGAUCACAUAAUCCCUCAAAUCACGCUAUGAGCGCCACGUAAACACUUCGGGGAGUGAAUCGUGUGGGGAUGCUUUUCUGGCAGACAGGAGUUGAAGAUUACAGAGUUUUUGCUGCUGCUGCUAGCCACUCUCUCUCCCUUGCUAGCGCCCCUUGAAACAAGGAGAAAUGGCGUCCGCGGACGUGGACAGCAGUCAAAGCGAGUUCCUGCAAUCCGCGACGGAAACGCAGACGACAGAUAUGUCUGCCAUUCAGCUGUCGGGCUCAGACCGCUGGGAGGUGUUAACUCCUGUCUCAGCCGGCAAGGAAGACCCAAAUGCCGGGAUUGUCACGUCCAACGGACAGUAUGUGCUUCCCAUCGGGAGUCUUCCCAGCCAGCCCAUCUAUGUCACGGCGCCGGGGAGCGAGGCCACGGCAAAUGGCGUGUCGGGGAUUCAGUAUCAGGUCAUCCCGCAAAUCCAAAAUGCAGACGGCACCCUCGCGGGAUUUUCCACGCAAGCUUUGGAUGACGGCCAGAUCCAGCUCCUCCAAGAUGGCAGCCAAACCGGUAUCGGGCUCAGCUGCGCCGCGACGGCGACCACGGACCUCCUGACGCAAGCUGGCCAGGUGCAGUCCAUCCAAGGCGUCAACCUUGCCGGGGGAUCGGCGUACACGGGCGCCGUCCCCGUGGGCCUCCCGGGCAACAUCACCUUUGUGCCCAUCAACAGCGUGGACCUGGAGUCACUCGGCCUGACUGCGGCGCAGACGGUCCCCAUAGCGACGGGGGUGACGCCGGAGGGUCAGCUGAUCAUGAGCGGGCAGACGCUGGAGGGUCAGGACGGCGGCGCCAAACAGAUAGUGGCGAUCGGGGGCGAUGCCAACCAGGAGCUCUACGUGCCAACAACCACCGACAACUCCAACGCCUCGCAGCUCCCCGAGACAAUCGAUGGGACGGGGGUGCUAACACAAGCCACCGCUGUGUCCGUGGGGGUGUCGGACCCCUCUUCCUCCUCCGACAACUUCAACUCACACCACCUGCAGCAGAUACAGGUGUCGUCCUCCAGCGCCACCGCCAUCACACAACCCAUCCUGCAGUUGUCAGGUGACACCCAGGUUGCUCAGGGCCAGGACAUGAGCGGGACAGGGGCAGCAGGGGGUCAGACUCUGCAGAGCGUUCAGCUGGUCAACCCAGGAACCUUCCUUAUCCAGGCCCAGACAGUCACCGCCACCGGUCAGAUCCAAUGGCAGACGUUCCAGGUUCAGGGUGUUCAGUCGCUCCAGGGGCUCCAGCUGCCUCAGGGCCAGGGCCAGGCCCAGCAGCUGACCUUAGCGCCGGUCCAGACCCUUCCUCUGGGCCAGACGGGCCAGGUCAGCCUGCCCAACCUGCAGACGGUGACGGUGAACUCUCUAACACAAGCUGGAGUCCAGUUCACGCAGGGCGACGACAACAACAGCCCAGCUGGUAUCCAAAUCAAGGAGGAGCCCGACUCGGAGGAGUGGCAUCUGAGCGGCGACUCCACGCUAAACCCCAGCGACCUCAACAACCUGAGAGUCCAACUUGUCGACGACGACUUGGACGCGGCCAGCGGCGAGGGCAAGAGGCUGCGGAGGGUGGCCUGUACCUGCCCCAACUGUAAAGAGUCCGGUGGAAGAGGGUCCGGCGUGGGCAAGAAGAAGCUGCACAUCUGCCACAUCGUCGGCUGUGGAAAAGUGUACGGCAAGACGUCACACCUCCGAGCUCACCUACGCUGGCACAGCGGCGAGCGGCCGUUUGUCUGCAACUGGAUGUACUGCGGCAAGAGGUUCACUCGCAGCGACGAGCUGCAGAGACACCGCAGGACGCACACGGGCGAGAAGAAGUUUGUGUGCACCGAGUGCUCCAAGAGGUUCAUGCGCAGCGACCACCUGGCCAAACACAUAAAGACUCACCAGAACAAAAAGGGCGCCGCCCCCCCUUCCUCCACAUCGUCACCCACGACGGACACCGUCAUCACCGCUGACGGCACCACGCUCAUUCUGCAGACGGCCACCACCCACGACCUCAUGGCCAAUCAGGAGAUGCCGCUGCAGCUGGUCACGGUGGCACCCAGCGAGGUGUUGGAGUGAAGGAAACACCACAAGGGACUUCUUUUGGUGGGCUUUUUUCUCCCCUCCUCCUCCUCUCUUAUCUUUUUCUAUAUGAAUAUAUACGUAAAUAUAUAUGACAAAUAUAUAUAUUUUAACUGAGAGUUAUCAUGACUUUGUUUUUGCAGUCUUUUUAUAGGCCGGCUGAAACAUUCAAAAUGUACACACACACGCGCGCACACACGUACGUUAACACAAUGAAAUGCCUUAUUUUGUAUCAUAGUCGUGUAUAAAAUGCUGGAGGUGCAUGUGUGUGUUUUUAAAGAAAAAUGCAACCCAUUCUCCGGGAAGCAGUUUGGAACGUGCGCUGUGCGUGUGAAACGUUAUCAUUGAUCGUCUCUUCCGCUCCUUUUUAAUCUGCACUAAAAGUGAUACAUCUGAGGCACAAAUGUCUAAUUUCCCGUAAGAGAGCAUCACUUCCUGGUUAGUGGUUGCCAAGGAAACAGCUCCAGGUGCUUUGCCAGUGGUUGUCCACCUUUCACAGAAAGCAGCGAGAGGUGGGACAAAAGACGGAAUAGCGAAUCAGAGAUGAAUUCUUCCAGCAUCCGCUCAGUCGGGACAGAAUGUUUUUCUCCCCUUCUUUUGCUUGAUUUCAUUUUCUUGUAAAUUCAUCUUUGUAGGUCUUGGCUGAUCUAGUGAGGUGGGUGGUCUCUCUCGCUCUUUUUUUUUUUUUUUAAAGGACAGAAACACGUAACAAAUUUGGGAAACAUUCCAGUCGAGACGAUGCAGGAUUGCUUUUGCAAUAACUCUCUGGCCCACGUGUGCUUCAAGUCCAAAAGUAAAACAAUCAUGUUUUUUUUUCCUCCAUGUUUAUCCUUCUGUUUGUAGCAUUCAUUUUACAUGUAUAUUACCCUCUUGUUUAUAGAAGCCAUCACUUAGAAAUUUAUUUCAAUGUAUCAAAACCUUAUUUUAAGUGAUUUUUUUUUAAGUUGGUGUAAAAAUUGAAUGUUACCUUUUUUUUGUAAAACCUUUUUUCAAAAUGGAUCACAAUAAAGUCUCUGUCACUAAAAGACGUUCAGGCACCCUUUUCUACACAUUUCAUGGCUAAAAUUAUGAUAUUCACACAAAUUAGUGCUGCAACUUUCAAACACAUGGGGAAAUUGAAUAAAAGAAAAUGGCUAGCAAAAAAACAAAAGGCACCAGACAGGAAGUCGUAAAGGAAUUCAAGACUGUCAGUGUUUAAUUCUUCAAACUGCAAAAAAAAAAAAAAAAAAAAAGAGUGCCAGAAAAAGUUUUCUUGAGAAAGUGUCACAAAUAACCUAACACACAUGCGCACACACACACACACACACGUAGAAACAGUACGAACAAGCGUCCAUCUUGCAGGGAGAAAUAAAAAAAAACAUUUGGGAGCGUGUAGCAGCCUUUAAUUGAGGACCGCCGGCAGUCAUCCGAGGCGGGAGAGUGGCAUCUGUCAAACUCUUUAAACAGAGCUUUGGUGUAAAAAUUGAGUCUUCAUAAUUCUGUAUGAAUAUCUGACAGGGAGAGAAGCGCCACAAGUUUAAUAAUGGAAGUGUCAAUGACAUGCAAGGGUGGUAUAUGAAUGUACAUGAGGUACCUGUGCUUGCUUGCUUAUUGGGGAGGCUGUGCGUUGUUUCUCCUUGAACUUUGGUCUGCAGACGUUUGACUUCCUGGUCGUAGUCACUCCACUCGGCCACGAUCCUCACGGCGGCCUGCAGCUUGGGCUCCUUGGUCAUUGGGUUGUUACACUAUGGAGACAGGACACAUUGUAAAAAAAAACAACAAAAAAACAGUUGAAGUUCACUUAGUGCGCCCUCUCGUGGCCAUUAGCUGGCAUUACACCCUUUACAGGACUUGAACACUCCUACGUUUUGUGUGUACGGCACAGUGAUACACACACUCACACACACGCAUAUAUUAUGGCAUAUAGCAUGCUGAUUUUCAAGGUGAUACACUAAAUACACAAAUAGCUGUUAAAAGGAAAGGAAAUACAAGAUAGCUAAUUUUCUGUUAACAAAUGCGCCCUCUGGGAGUUACUCGGAGGUAUGACAACUUUCCUGGCCAGGACAUAAAACAGUACUUCUACUGGGGUGCGCCAAUUGUCAUUGGGGGUACGUGAAUAAAAAUGAAAAACAAUUAGGAGGGCACCUGAACGCCUCAAGGCACAGAGCGUGACGUCAUAGCAGAAAGAAGCAAGGAGACGCGGCAUGAGGUUCGUCAUUGCUCUGUGUGAGUUACAUGAAUAAGUACGGAAGUUUGAUGAUUAUGUUGUGUAUUCAGAGUGUUUAACUUAUAUUGGUGUUCCAAUGCCCGCACUGUGAAAGCCUGUAUGUGUGUGUGUGUGUGUGUGUGUGUGUGUGAAGGGGUAUGUGCCUGACUAAAAAGUUUGGGAACCACUGGUUUACACUGACUGGCACAUGCAUGAAUGCAUCAUGGUAUCUUUCAGUACUUCUAUUGUAUAUACUGACAGACACACGGAUGAAAACAUACUACGGUAUUGUCGCACGCCGAAGCGUAAAAUCAUACUUAAAAAAAAAGGUUUGCCUAGUGCACCCUCUGUUGGCCAUGAGGAAAUAUGACG